AAUGAAACGAUUUGGGGAGAAAGAAAACGCAAGCUAUGCUCGCCUAAAAUAAAUUUAAUGUUGAAGUUUCAGAUUUGUAGAUCAUGAUGAUAAGAACUAGAGGGUUGAGAUGAAACUGAAAAGAUUCAAAAAUGGGAUGCAAAUGAACAGAAAAUUAGAUGCAGCCAAUACGCAAAACACAUGCAAAUGUGGGAAACGCAUACAUAAUACUCAGGCUGGGAAGAAAAUCGCAAAUGGAAAGGCGGCCAUGGGAAGAAAGUCGCUCCAGUCAAAUUUGUGUCCUAUGGUCGUGAUUCGCUGGGAAAAUCAACGGCUGAGUAAUGAACACCAGUCAAACUCAAUAAUUGGGUCAGCCCACCAGUCAAACUCAAUAAUUGGGUCUGGAUGUACGUACACCCGGGUGUACUAUAUAGGGACUCAUCGUUUCUAGCCAAGGAACUCCAAUUUAAGGAGUGUUUGGGUUUGCUUAAAAAAAG